AUGAAUAAAUUAAACACGAAUGUGAGACACUUUGGAUGUUUUAACGUUAAAACAACGGGCCCCUGGACCAAGAGAGGGAGGAAUAUAUCUCUCGAGUAUCCAGCACUUAGAGAUUUGUUGGAACUUAAUGAGGAUCAAAGACUAGAAAAGGGGGUGAAUUUAUCCAAACAAAUUCUGAAUUCAAAGAUCCCAAAUUGGGACUAUCUAACCUGCACAUUGCAGAUAGUAUCAGAUGGAGCUAUAAAAAACAAGGAUAUCGCACUUAGGGAUAUUUUGGUCCACGCCAUAAACAUAUCUGGGCAAUCUGCCAUUGAUGGCGCUGAAGGAAAAUCUCACAAUAAUUGUCCAAGUAGAAUAUACUACGAAUCGCUCAGAGGGCUGGCCAAUUAUCACAACACGACAAAUUCAUAUCCUCUGGGUAUCUAUCCAAUCUAUUUACCAAAUUAUACUCUGGAUCCACUGGCUAAAUACAGUGGAAUACCACAUGCCGGCCUAAACAAGCCAUUAAUUGAUGUGGUAAUCAUACAUGGAGUAUGCGGUUCACCUUUUAGAACCUGGAGAUUAUCUAAAGCGGCAGAAUCAAAUGACCUAUACAAGAAAGAAGUUCCUAGGGAUAUUUGCUGGUAUUGGUUGUGGCCAAGAGAGCUUUUGGCCAGGGAAUUCCCCAACGUACGCAUCAUCGCCAUAGAAUACUACUCUCAGUUCCUUAAGGCGAAAGCUAGAUUCCCCUGGGCCAAUAGAUUCGGACUUGAACGGAAGAUUUGGGUGCAAGGUGAAUGGGUUGAGGAUUUUCAAACUUUGGAAUCUGGAAAUUUCACCGGUUUGGCUAACAAAUUCUGCAAAAAACUAAGACGUGCAGGAGUGGGCAACAAUCCUUUGCUGAUCCUCGGUCAUUCAUUUGGUGGAUUACUUACACAAUUGAUGUUGUUGAGCGACCCUGAAUUGAUGAAUAACUUGCAUGCAAUUGUCGGCUAUGCUGUCCCUUACCUUGGGAGCAGCCAUGGUACAAAUCCCAGAAAUUUACGCAUUUUAAAACUCAUUGGGAUGGAAUUCACUGAUACAAUAAAAAAGAUUUGCGAUGAUACAUUUAUAAACCAUUUGUUGAAUAAUUUUUCAAAAUUGAUCGAAAAGAGACUGUUCAAAAUAUACACUUUUGAAGAGACAAUUGAGACUAGAGUUACUAGAUUGGGAAUUAACACAUUUAUUGUGGAACAUGGCAAGGCAAACCCUCCUUUCACAGAUCAGCAUUUUCGCCCAUUACACUCGUGCCACAAUGACGUAUGCAAGCCCAAUGGAAAGGAUGAUGUUAGGUAUAAACCCAUAGCGGAGAUUAUACAUAAACUUACCCUCAAUCGUCAAUGA